AUGGCGGGGAGCGAAGGAACGAGGGAACGAGGGAAAGAUGUCACUCUCGUACGACAUUCGCCACCACCACCACCACCAGCAGCAGCAGCGCCGCCGACUGCUGGCUGGGUGGGGGCGCUGGGAUUUGCCGAUUUUUCCUCCCAUCAUCAAUCAUCACCAUCAUCCAUCUCCUCCAGUCCAAGUCAUAACCGCGCCCUUAUGCAAGCGUGCACUCAUAUUACAUUAUAUGAAAGAUGGGAUACGAGGCGACAUCGCUCAUCGGAUUUUGCGGAAAAUCUACGAAGAAAUCCAACGAAUCAAGCGCCAAGUGAACGAUGUAACGAGAUUUUUUCAUUAGGUGGUUGGCUGGCGGGUUGGGAGUUACUUAGAAGGAAGCGCUGA